CGCUGCACCUGGAAAACGUACCGGAGAAGCUCCUGCAUGCAGGGUCGAGACCAUUUGCAACCAAACUUUUUUUUUCUUUCUUUUUUUUCUUUGAACGAGCACCUCAAUUUGGACCGAAUUCCACCAAUUCUCCCCCGCCAGCUCCCCGAUUUCUACUCGAUUAUGCUCGCGGCGCCAUGGGUGUGUCGGCGUUGCCUGGGAGGGCUCCUGAAGCCCAGAAGCACCCAAUUCAUCCGCCGUGCUAGCUCAGACACAACCGCACACCUCCCACCGGCCCUCCUCCAACGAGCCCGCACCAUCGCCACCGAACACGACGCCCUCGCCCGCUCCCUCGAAUUAGACUACGACGCCAAGACGGCGCGCCGCCUCGGCGAGCUCUCGAGCGUCGUCACGGCCCUCCGCGAGUGGGAACGGGCGACGGGCUCCGUCGCCGAGCUCAACGGCCUCCUCGGCUCCAAGGACAAGGAGCUCCGCGACAUGGCCGCCGAGGAGCUCGAGUCGACACGAGACCAGCUCGCCGCCGUCUGUCGCAGGCUCUCGGCCUCGCUGACGCCCAGGGACCCCUACGCCCACAUGCCCUGCCUGCUCGAGAUCCGCCCGGGGCCCGGCGGCCUCGAGGGCCGCUUCUUCGCCGACACGCUGUUCCGCAUGUACAAGCAGUACUGCUCGCGCAAGGGGUACCGCGCCGAGGUCAUCAAGUACGAGACGGCCGACGCCGCCGGCGACCAGUCCACCGCCGCCGGCGAGAGCCCGCUGCAGGAGGCCAUCGUCGAGAUCCACGACCCGGGCGCCUACGACCUGUUCCGCGGCGAGGCCGGCAUGCACCGCGUGCAGCGCAUCCCGGCAACGGAGAAGAACGGCCGCGUGCACACGAGCGCCGUGGCCGUGUGGGUCCUCCCGUCCUUCCAAGAGAGCGGCGGCGACGGCGGCGCCCAGGACGUCGACAACCCGGAGAGCGACUUCUACAUCGACCCGGCCGAGGUCAAGAUCGAGACGAUGCGGGCGCGCGGCGCCGGCGGCCAGCACGUCAACAAGACCGAGUCUGCCAUCCGCAUGACGCACCUGCCGACGGGGACGGUGGUGAGCAUGCAGGACUCGCGGUCGCAGUCGCGCAACCGCGAGGACGCGUGGAAGCUGAUGCGGUCGCGCCUCGCGCUGAUCCGGCGCGAGGCGCGCGAGGAGGCGGCCGCCCAGCUGCGCGACUCGGUGCUCUCCAAGCACCGCAUCUCGCGCAGCGACAAGAUCCGCACCUACAACUACAACCAGGACCGCGUCACCGACCACCGCGCCGGCCUCGACGUCUACAACCUCGACGACGUCAUCAACGGCGGCGAGUCGCUCGACAAGAUCGUCGACGCCGUCCGCGACUGGCUCGUCUCGGCCGACAUCGCCGCCAUGAUGGCGGACGAGGAGGCCAAGGCCAAGAAGGUGCAGAAAUGAAGGGCGGGAUGGUCUAAUGGCGGUAGCGGCGGCGGCGGCGGCGGCGGCGCACGCAGGGGUCAUGUAUCAUAUUGUAGGACUAUGUAUGUAUGUAUAGCAGCAAAAGAAAUGCCCGCGGACGACGACCGCAAAGGGUCCG